GUUGUGUAACAAGAAGAAUCUUGUUUAUCUGUGUUUUCUUUCAUGUCAAUCUUUAUUUUUGAGUGAAGAAGAAGAAAGUGUAAAAGUAGUUUAAGUUCCCCAAAAGCCUCAUUGUUUAAUAAUGUUCUCGUGACUUUCUCUCACCUGUUUUUUUUUUGUCCACUGAUCUCUCUAUUGCACUGCACACCAUUGUUUGUUCCAUUGCUGCUACAAAGUGGAUGAGCUUGAAGAAGAACAAGCUUUGUUGCUUUGACUAGUUUCAAUUUUUGUUUGUUGGCAAAAGAAUAUGAUAUUUGAUAUGCCACCAUCCGGCGCCCAAAGUGUGAGGACAAACAGAUCUUCAUUUGGUUCUAUCAAUGGCAGUGAGGGUACACCUUUACAUAGCUAUGCUACUGUUAGCAAUGGUGAUGGAUAUGACAGUGAUGGCUCCAAUUUCGCACCACCCACACCAACAACUCUAUCAACAGCUAUUCCAGCAGAACUUGCUGGAGCAGCACCUUUGAUUGACAGAUUUCAGGUGGAAGGUUUUUUAAAGUUGAUGCAAAAGCAAAUUCACUCUGCUGGGAAGCGAGGAUUUUUUUCUAAACGAUCUGUGGGACCCCAAGUUCGAGAGAAACUUACAAUUGAAGACAUGCUUUGCUUCCAAAAGGAUCCAAUACCAACAUCAUUGCUUAAGCUGAAUGGCGAUUUGGCAAGCCGGGCAACAAAGUUGUUCCAAAUGAUUUUGAAGUAUAUGGGUGUUGAUUCGUCUUCACUAAGCUUAGAGGACCGGGUUGAGCUUGUAGGUAAACUAUACAAGCAAAGUUUGAAGCGUUCGGAACUCCGAGAUGAACUUUUUGUCCAGAUAUCAAAACAAACGAGAAACAAUCCAGAGAGGGAAUACUUGAUGAAAUCAUGGGAGCUAAUGUAUUUAUGUGUGUCGUGCAUGCCUCCUAGCAAAGACAUUGGAGGAUAUCUGUCAGAAUAUACCCAUAACGUGGCGCAUGGUGUGGCUGUUGAUUCUGGGAUCCGAGGUGUUGCAUUGAACACUUUAAAUGCUUUGAAGCACUCUCUCAAGGCUGGUCCUAGGCAUAUAAUACCUGGACCUGCUGAGAUCGAAGCUCGGAUGACUGGGAAAAAGCUCACAACUAUAGUCUUCUUUCUGGAUGAAACAUUUGAAGAAAUUACAUAUGACAUGUCAACAACCGUAGCGGAUGCUGUCGAGGAACUUGCAGGAAUCAUUAAACUGCCAACAUACUCUAGCUUUGGCUUGUACGAAUGCCGUAAAGUUGUCACAAGCGCUAAAUCAUCUGAUUCUGGCAAUGAGGAGUACAUUGGUUUGGACGACAAUAAACAUAUCGGGGAUUUACUAGCGGAAUUUAAGGCAGUAAAAGAACGAAGUAAGGGAGAAGUUUUGCACUGCAAACUGGUCUUCAAGAAAAAGUUAUUUCGUGAAUCGGAUGAAGCCGUGACAGAUCCUAUGUUUUGGCAGUUGUCCUAUGUACAAUUGCAGCAUGAUUAUAUUUUGGGUAAUUAUCCUAUUGGAAGGGAAGAUGCAUCAAAGCUUUCUGCAUUGCAAAUCUUGGCUGAGAUUGGAUUUGUUAGAAGACCUGAAUCAUGCCCUGAUUGGAAUUCAUUUCUCGAGCGAUUUCUUCCAAGGCAAAUAGCAAUGACUAGAGCUAGACGCGAAUGGGAGUUGGACAUUCUUUCUUGCUAUCAUUCACUGGAGAAUGUCACGAAAGAUGAUGCAAGACAACAGUUUCUGCAUAUAAUAAGAACACUUCCUUAUGGCUUUUCUGUAUUCUUUAAUGUUCGCAAAAUUGAUGAUCCUAUUGGACUCCUACCUGGACGAAUAAUACUAGCAAUUAACAAGAGAGGGGUUCAUUUUUUUCGUCCCAUUCCAAAGGAAUAUUUGCACUCAGCUGAAUUGAGAGACAUAAUGCAAUUUGGAAGCAGUAACACUGCUGUAUUUUUUAAAAUGCGAGUUGCCGGUGUUCUUCACAUAUUCCAGUUUGAAACCAAGCAGGGAGAAGAAAUUUGUGUAGCCCUUCAGACACACAUAAAUGAUGUAAUGCUGCGCCGAUAUUCCAAAACACGAUCUUCUCCUACAGGUUCUUUGGAUAAAGAAAUUUCUACUGAAUUCAAGUCUCCGAAUUUGGAAUCGUACGAGAAACGUGUUCAAGAUUUAACAAAAGCUGUUGAAGAUUCUCAAAGGACGGCUGAUCAAUUGAUGGAAAAAUUGCAUGAGAAGCAAUUACAAGAAGAGGAGACUCUCCACGAAUUAGAAGGCUUGAAAGAAUCUUUAGAAACUUCCAAGAAUAGUCUUGCAGAAGUUACAAAUGACCGUGAUAGGCUUACAUCACUAUGCAGUGAAAAAGAUAAUGAACUUCAGGCUAAAAUGAUAGAAAAAAGGAGCUUGGAAGCAAAGAUAGCCAAGUUGAAUAGUUUGAUGAUAGAGGAAGUUACCAAUAAGGACUCUAGUGGAGCUAACGACCGAGCGUUGCAAAAGCUUGAAGAUGACUUGAGACUUUGUAGAGACGAGCUUAUGUUAGCUGAAGAGACCAUCAAAUGCUUGACAAAUGAGAAGUUAGUUUUGAGACAAAAGAUAUCUGAGCUUGAGAAGAAGAAUACUGAAGAGAUUAAUUAUCUUCAACGAAAACUUGAACAAGAACGCAAAGCUCUGAACACUCAAGUACACGGCCUUGAAAGAAAACUAGAUGUGCUUAAACAAGAAUUAGUUAUGGCUGAAUCUACACUUUUGGCGAAGGACACUGAAUUGGCUGUGUUGAAGAACAAUUUAAAAGAACUAGAAGAUUUGAGAGAAAUGAAAGAGGACAUUGACAGAAAGAAUGAACAAACAGCUUCCAUACUGAGGAUGCAAGCGGCACAACUAGCUGACAUGGAAUCACUUUAUAAGGAGGAGCAGGUUCUCAGAAAGCGAUAUUUCAAUACCAUAGAAGAUAUGAAAGGAAAAAUACGAGUUUACUGUCGUCUAAGACCCCUUGGUGAAAAAGAGAUUGCCGUGAAAGAAAGAAAAGUUCUUACUUAUGUAGACGAGUUUACUGUUGAGCAUCCAUGGAAAGAUGAUAAAGCAAAGCAACACAUAUAUGAUCGCGUGUUUAACGGCAAUGCAACUCAAGAAGAUGUAUUUGAAGAUACAAGGUACUUGGUGCAAUCUGCUGUAGACGGUUAUAAUGUUUGCGUAUUUGCCUAUGGUCAAACUGGCUCUGGAAAGACGUUUACAAUAUAUGGAUCCGAAAACAAUCCCGGUCUUACGCCACGUGCUACUACAGAGCUUUUUAGAAUUUUAAGGAGAGAUGGUAACAAGUUUUCUUUUUCCUUGAAGGCGUACAUGUUAGAAUUAUAUCAAGAUACACUUGUAGAUCUCUUGUUGCCGAAGAAUGCAAAGCGAUUAAAAUUGGAUAUUAAGAAGGAUUCAAAGGGAAUGGUAAUGGUAGAAAAUGCAACCACUGUGUCGAUUUCCACCAUGGAGGAAUUGAAUAGAAUAAUACAAAGGGGUUCAGAACGGCGGCAUACAGCAGGGACACAAAUGAAUGAAGAAAGCUCAAGAUCUCAUCUUAUACUAUCAAUUGUAAUCGAAAGUGUCAAUCUUCAAAGCCAAUCAACUGCAAGAGGAAAGCUGAGUUUUGUGGAUCUUGCUGGCUCUGAAAGAAUUAAAAAGUCAGGCUCUGAGGGUAGUCAAUUGAAAGAAGCUCAAAGUAUAAACAAAUCAUUAUCAGCUCUUGGAGAUGUUAUUAGUGCUUUAUCUUCAGGGGGUCAACACAUACCUUACAGAAAUCACAAGUUAACUAUGUUGAUGAGUGAUUCACUUGGAGGCAACGCCAAAACUCUCAUGUUUGUGAAUGUAUCUCCAGUAGAAUCAAGCUUGGAUGAGACACAUAACUCUCUUAUGUAUGCAUCGCGUGUGAGGUCAAUUGUGAAUGAUCCAAGCAAAAACAUAUCUUCGAAAGAGAUCGCUCGACUGAAGAAAUUAGUUGCUUAUUGGAAGGAGCAAGCAGGUAGGAAAGGGGAGGAUGAAGAUUUAGAAGAAAUUCAAGAUAAACGACCAACUAAAGAGCGGAGCGAUGGCCGCCAUUCAAUGUAGGAGCUUCAGGCAACUGAGAGUUCAUAAAUGGCUUCUAGUGAAAUGGAUUGACCACCUGCUGUAAUUUUUGUCCAUGGAAUGCUGCAGUCUCCACAUUCCAAGAUCUCAUAGGCUUAAUAGGUUGUUGUAAUUUGUUUCAGAGGGGUACAAGCUGUAUAGUUUAAUCAUGUAUAUAUUUUUAGUAAUCUUUAACUGAUUCACAUAUACAUAAGUAUAUACAUUAUGCUACUUUAAUAUGAUAGUUCCUGCAUGAUUGUGAGAUGGCAUAA